UUGCCAAUUCUCUCAGUCACCCCCUCCUCCAUCAUCACAAAAACCCAUUACACCUUCAAGAAACCAAUCCCCAAAUGUCCAUCCCACUUGCAUUAAAAGAGUAAAGAGUUAAAACAUACUAAUUGCAUUGCAGUUGAAGUACUCAUCAGCAGAGCAAUUAAUAGUAGUACUUAAAAUGGAAUAUGAAAGAAUCCAUAAGAGACCUCAGCAGCAGAAGCAGUUAUCUCCUGGGAAGUUGAGGAAUAUGAUAUUGGGGACACGAGCAGAGAAGAAGAGAAAACAAGGAGGAGACGAAGAGGAAGAAGAAGAUGAGGAGCUCGAGAGUACUAGCCUCUCUAUGAGAAGAUCCCCAGAUUUUGAGAUCCAUGAUUCAGGGGCUAUUAGUUAUGAUAAUUGCAAAGAUGUAGAUGUCGUGACUGUGAUUCCAGAGUACACAACUUUGACAGCACCAGCAUCGUCAGUCAACUUGGAGAUCACUUAUGAUGGUAGAGUGAAGGAUCACUCCUUUACUAGCUCAAGAAUUAGGUCUGUAGAUGACAGUUCUUUCCACUAUGAUAGUGGGACUGAUAGUAUGAGUGUGUCUUCAUCAGUCUUUGAGUUCCAGAAGUCUGACCAUCGGGCACCACAAAGAGUGCCUCUUGCACCCUUUUCAAAACCGGCACCAUCGAAGUGGGAUGAUGCACAAAAAUGGAUAGCAAGCCCGACAUCUGGCCAUCCGAAGAAUGGCCAGGUCAAUCAAGGGAUUGGAUUGCGAAAAUUCAGUCAAUUUGGUUAUGGUAGCCGGCCAUCAUCUACCAAGGUGGUUGUUGAAGUGCCUGAUCAGAGAAUGGUACCAUAUGAGGAACCGGAUACCAAGCGGAUUGACUCUAGCCAAGCUAAGAAGGAGACCGGAGUGCAGAAGUCUGUGAGUUGGGAUUCUAAUCAGUUUGCUUCUGAAUCAUACAGCAAGCCAGUUCCCAUGAUGGAAAAUUGCAUCGGAGAGUCAGCAAUUAACCUGAGCCGCCAUGAUUCAUCUCUUUCCAUCCACAGUGCAACAACAUUCAUACCAGCCCCAUCAACUGCUAGGUCUGUGUCAAUGAGAGACAUGGGUACAGAAAUGACUCCAAUUGCUAGCCAAGAGCCUUCGAGGACUGGAACACCUGUGAGAGCAACAACACCAACUCGAAGUCCUAAUUCUUCUAGGCCUUCAACUCCAGGAAGAGCUGCCCCAGCUCCAUCUCCAAUUGAUCCUCCGAAUGAGUGUUUAGAUCCUGACAGAAAAGAGUGGUCUGAAAAGGAACUCCAGAUGAAGACUCGAAGAGAGAUCAUGGUCCUGGGAACUCAGUUGGGUAAGAUGAACAUAGCUGCCUGGGCUGGCAAGGAUGAUGAAAAUAAAGAAGCAUCAGCAUCAGUAAAAACUAUAUCAACAGAACAAGAAGCUAAAAGUGUCAUUGAGACACGUGCUGCAGCUUGGGAGGAAGCAGAAAAAGCGAAAUACAUGGCCAGGUUCAAAAGGGAAGAAAUCAAGAUACAAGCAUGGGAAAAUCACCAGAAAGCAAAGACAGAAGCUGAAAUGCGAAAAACUGAGGUGGAAGUAGAGAGAAUGAGGGCCAAAGCACAAGAUAAGUUAAUGAGCAAGCUAGCAACUCUUCAACACAAGGCUGACGAGAAGCAUGCGGCAGCAGAGGCUAAGAGAAACCGCUGUGCUGCUAAAACAGAGCAGCAAGCAGAAUAUAUUCGCAGAACUGGGCACCUGCCUUGUUCAUUUUCCUGCUGCCAUUGGUGCUUUUGAAGCAAAAUCCUUCGGUCAUUGUUACAAAUGAUCUGUUUCGUGUAGUUGUCCUUGUAUACGUCAUUUCAGUGUGCUUUGUAAAAAAAAACCUAACUGGUCGUCGUCAUGAGAUAUCGUAACUAAGAUCAUGUUGAUUUGGCCCCUUACCUUUUUUGUUUUUGUAUUUUAAGGCCUAAAUAUCGCAGAAUUUGAUGGUAGAGCUCUCAUAAUCGCAUCCAACAUGGGAAAAAUAGACAAUGAAAUAAAGCUUGUUUAUUCAGAGUGUAAA